AUGGUACGGUUCAAGAAGAAGUAUCGGGGAGCUCAACACCAAUUGAAGCUUGACUUGCCAGAUCUGAAAGACGUCGAAAGCAGAAAGAAGUCCGCCAACGAGUGUCGAGCGGAUCAUCCUGGAUCGGAUAGUCAAGCAUCAAACGAAGAAACCACCUGUUACGGCCAAGCCGGCCCUGGCACUCGUCCAUCGGCGAUUUUCAGCUUCGUUCCACGCCCUGAGGAUGACGAGAAGUACAUUCUGUGUUUGAGUCAACACGACACACUUUCAGGCAAGAGCGAAUCCGAUUCUCUGAAACUUGUGUUGCAAUACGCCCCGCGAGUGAACCUCACAUUGGCAUCGAAACAACCACUUCGUGAAGGUGGAUCGGCUCUUCUUGCUUGCAUCGUCGUCGCAAAACCUAUAGACGACAUAAGGAUUUCUUGGUACAAGAAUGGGAAUCAGCUUCUUUCUUAUACAGCUGAUACGUUCUUUCUUGAAUCCCUCAAAAUGGAAGAUCACCGAACCAAGUACACUUGUCAGGCUUCCAAUGCCAUUGGAACCAGCUAUGCAUCUCUGAGCAUUGACGUGUCUUUUGGCCCACGGAUCAUGUCUACUACACAAGAGAAAGAAGUUAGCGAAGACGAGCCUGUUUCGUUUCGAUGUGAUGCAGUGGGCAAUCCGCUACCUACAAUUCUGUGGACAAGAGCAGGAGACGACCAGAUCGUUGCUAAAGGAAACAUGAUCACUCUUAGUAGUGCUCGCAAUUGGCAACAAGGGGAAUACUUGUGUACUGCGAUCGUUGAAGGAUUCAAACAUGCCACUCUGUCACACUUUCUCCAUAUUCGAGGUCCCCCCUUAAUCACAGCUCCAGCAGAGCUAACUGCAAACGUCGGAGAAUCCAUUGAAAUUCCUUGCUAUAUAAGUGGCAGACCGAAGCCACUGGAAGUUACCUGGAAAAGGAACGAUGAAGAACUAGAUUACGCUUCGGGAAAGACGCAGAUUCAUCUAAUUCCACGCUCUUAUGGCGUCGAAAGUCGCUUGAUAGUCCGAGAUUUACAAGAGGUUGAUAUGGGAGCAUACAACUGCACAGCGAACAACGGUAUCGGAUACGAUACAAAGUCUGUUAUAAUAAAAGCACGAGGAAUAACGAAUAUUUUUCCUUCUCUGGGUACAACCACUCUAAUGGCGCUCUUAGCCGGGAUUCUCACUUUAUUUUCAUUUACGUGUUGCUGUUUGCUUCCCAAAAGAAAUGUGCUGGCGGAGAAAUGUACAGGAUUCCCAGAUGAUUCUUCCGAUCUGACUGUGAAGUGUGAAGUUCUUGAUGGGUCCUCCUUUCCCGAUAUGUACAGUUGUGGCGAAGAAAGCACCAACGUCGUUUCCUUCUCUAAGGACUACAUAUCGGUUCCUCAAAAUAAUCCUGAUUUGGAUUACAUGCAGACAUCAGCAUUUUUCGACUUUCUGUAUCCGGAAAACACCAAUUUGUCGUCUACUGAGUACAAUAUUAUGAGUGGAAAGUUUGAACAUUCCUACGGAUCGUUCGCCUCGGGAGUAUCUACAUCAGGAGGACUGUCGGAUACGUACGGUGUCAAUGUGGAAAAAACGCAACGGCCUGAGAUGUUGCAUGAAUUCGAGGCUCCAAAAUCUCAUAGAAAAUCUAACUGCAAUUCUUCACCUUCUCUGGAAAAAUUUAGAUCCUUCAGUAGGACUUCCAUGCACGUGUAG